UAUGAUCUGAGAACUGCCAUAGACAAAACGGAUGGAAUGACCGAACAACAGGAAUGCGUUGAAGGGCAGAUUAAUAAAAAGGAGGAGGAUGUAGCAGAGGCUCAGUGCCAUGAGGAAAACAAUGUCCAACCACUUCAGACACUUAGACAGCAAGAAGCAAAAAUAAAUGAUGAGUUCGGGAAUGCGUUGGAGGAACAACCUGUCUUGGACACAAAGAUCAGUACCAUCCAGGUCCCAUGUGCUUCCCUUGACCACAACACGUAUGAGGUUGUGAACAAAGUCCACGGGUGUGCGCCGGUGGAUGAGGUUUUGGCAGUCCAGAAGCAUGAUGUGGUUAAGGCAUUGGUUAAAGAGGGGCAGAAGACAAUGGAUCUGGAGAGUAAAGAUAAGGCCAUCCAACAGUUAAUCCAGGAAGCUGCUGUCCGCACCAGGAAGGAGGUAGAUAAUGUGCGAGAGCAGUGCAACGUUGAACUCCUGCAAAUAAUAGAAGAGUUGUCCCAUUUGCAAACGGAGUGUGCAAUCAAAGACAUUCAAAUCGAGAGGUGCAAGCAAGACAAAAAAGCGGUUGAGAAGGAACUGGAGAAGAUGACAAAAUACCGGACAGAGCAACACCUUGAAAAGAUCAAUGCUCUUGAGCUGAGAUGCCUAAAUGCAGAGAGGAUAAGAGACGACAUGAGCGCCACUCUGCAAAAUGCUCAAAGCAAAGUAAAAAAGUUUGAAAUUGACAACAAUGAAGAGCUGCUGUGCAGUCAGGAGGAAAUACAUCGUCUGCAGAGCAGUUUGGCCGCAGCUCGGAAGGAGUUUGACCGUAUCAGUGAGGAGCGACUCCAGCUGCAACAGGAGAACAUGCAACUCCGCAGGGAGAUUGAUGAACUUCAGAGAAGAACCUUGCUGAAUCAAAACAAGACCAAAAAUCAGAUAAUGCAGAUGGAGCAAGAGUGCAAGUUGAAGGAGCAGACAUUCAACGCACAAAUACUGAUGCUGGAGGAGAGAAGCCGUAAUUUACAGGCUGAGAGGAUGCAUCUCCUCGCAGCCCAGCAAAGAAGUAUUCAACGCUCAAAGGAUGAGGCAACAAACAUUACAAAGGCCUUUGAAGCCAGAAUUCAACAUCUCACGACACAGAUGAAUGAACACAAACUGCGAUUACGUGAGCUAGAACUACAGCUCAGAAAUAACCAAGACACUCAAUGAGGUUUGAGCAACACACAAAUAAAACUCUUCAUCUGCAAUGGACUCUCGCAUGGCAUGAUGGCCUUAACUUCUGGUCAGCAUGUAAAAGCAUAUAAUAAGCUGUGAUUGGUUGCGACCUGAGACAGGCAACCUGUGAUGUCAUUGUCAGGCCACAGCGAGAGGUAAAAUGGAUAAAAACAUAUUUUGCCUGUCUAAUUCAUAUUCCACAAACAAAACAAUCAGAACACUGUGUUCUGACUUGUUUUAUUGGACAGAACAUUGUUACAGAGAAAAUCUGGGGGUUGACUUUCCCUUUGACCACAUAAGGUAAGAGGCCACUCAUGCUUAGUAUCUCAAUGAUACAGUGGAACCCCAGAAGUCGACCACGUCGGUAGUUGACAUAUUUUUCGGUUUUCGACGCAAAAUGUCUGUGUUUGCCUCUCAUCUCGAACAACACUUUGUAAACGUUGUUUUAAACCACUGUGGUCGUGUGCGGUUCGCUUCCGGAAAGCUGCACGCGCUAGACGUCAAGAUCACGGGGGUGCACGCUGAAGAUUUGAGUUCACGCUAUAACAACUGUAAAAAGAGAGCUGCUUUAUGUUAUAUUUAAGAGGCUGGGUCCUGAAUCUGGAUAAGAGCAAGCUUUAAUGCGGGAGCUUUUUCAGAGAUGCAACACACUUGCUCAACUUCCGCACAUUCGCAAUGACACGAGAGCAAUGAGUGCCUGUGUGCUUUUACAUUCGUCACACGGUAUUUGUAAAUAAAAGCCAUCUUUUCAUUCACAUUGAAUUGCUUCUGGAACAUUAUUUCCAGGACUAAUGCUCUUCUACCACGGAUAUGUACGUUUUGUCAUUUUAAUUUAUUUUGAUAUCAGUAUUUGUAAUUUAAAUGUCCAACACAUUAGACGCUGCUUAUGGACCAUGUAAGGCUGUGCUCCAGGAUUUUGCUGUAAAGUAUUUUCAUUGUUUUUGUGGUCUUAUGUUCUGUUUUAGACAAAAUUGGACAAAUUGCUUCGGAACGCGUUGACUUUUCUUCUUGACGAUCCUUCUAGAACGAAUUAGCAUUGAGAUCCGGGGUUCUACUGUAUACCUAUUUAUUGUAAAACUAUAUGCAUGUGAUCUGAAUUCAUCAUGAUGACAGUUAUUAUUUUGCCGACAACGGUCAGUUGACAUCCCAACAAAUCAACAACUUUGAAGCAGCAUAAUGAAGAUUUUUGACUGGUAUUUUUUUUAUUUUUGUGUGGUUACGAUUUUUCACCUUGUUGCUGUAAAACCGGAAUUUCAGAUCUGUUAUUUUGACAUUCAGUGUAAAUUUUCACACAUCAGUCCAUCCAAUAUUCUCCACUUAACAAGGCCAAUUCUGUAGGCGCAGUAGUCUAACUCAUGUCCAUACCUCCUUGGCCGAAGCCAACUUCUCCAGUUCCACCUACAUAGGGGACACAGUGCACCCAAGUCUGCUGUGUGAUGUAGGCUCUGAUGUGUCCAUGAUAUGCAUUGACAUACCAAACACAUAAGGGAUGUAUCCAAAUUUCACAUACGAGUCACCUCAGUUCAUUCUCAGAUAGCCAAGCAUUUCACGCCAACUCUAAAGUGAAGUCCAGACACUGUCAAAGAACUUGAUUUCCAUCAGCUAAAUUUCCAACCUUGGCUUUUCUGUCACUAUAUGAGAGCACGAGACAAUGGGUGAGCUUGUACAUUCAACCAGACAAGCUUUGCACCAACCACUCACUGAGCCUUGAAAUACCUCAGUUGCAGCUCAAUGAAUCCAAUAGGACUAAAACGUCUGUUAUCAUUUGCAAAUAUCAUUUUGGACAGAAUACCUAUAUUUUUUUAAAUAAGAAAAUUAAAAUUCUAUGAUGUCUAGUGCUUGACAGAGUCAUUACUUUCAAUAAUUGCCUAUACAGUACAUACAAUACAAUGAUUACUGGAAAAUUGCAUCACUCAUGUCAUCCGGGGUUAUAUAGAUCUGCUGCUCUAUCCUUCAUUGGCUAAAAGGCAAGUCAUGUGCUCAGCAGAACCACAUUUCAUCCUGGGGCUGAGGGAAAAAAAAACUUUAACCCAGCAAAGAUCGUCCAGACACGUCAACUCAACCAGUAAGAAACACCACGUAAAAUAGAUUAAUCACCCCAAAUCAUGGGAGUUGAACAGUUCGAUGACAGUAUAUGAUGACUGUUUUCUAGACAAUGAUCCAUACAGGUUUGUCCAUGAGUUACUUGACUAUUGGUCCAGCCAUGGUCAUUUAUUCCGGUGCUGUCUCAGUAUCAGCCGGCUGGUUGCCUUCAAGAAGAUUUUUUUCUUCAGCAGGCACGUCAUUUCCGGGCUGGCUGGUACAACCAUUGUUCUGAGUGGCAGCUCCCAUCUGAAGGCCAGCCUCUUCUUCCUGCUCUUGAUAAUACUGGACUGUUUUUCUCUUGAAACAUCCCAGCUUUGUACACAAAACAAAUGAUGAGAAGAGGAAUAUGAGUAGAAUCUACCCGCUGACAUUCAGAUCACUCACCUUGUACAUGAUGACGGUAAGAAGAAUCAAAAGUGAAAGUCCAAAUCCAGUUCCCGUGAGUAUUAUGAAUAGUUUAUCAGGCGAAAUGAUGAACUCAACGUGAACUUCAGUCUGUUGACAGAUGAAAAAUGAAGUAUAUAGUAUAUGUAUGUGAUUUAUGAUGAUGAUUACUUGGUGGUAUUUUUGUGUGAGCAAAUAUGUCCAGCAAAACACCAAUUUCUGUGUGGGGUUGUUCUCAUUCCACAUGGCAUCUCACUUUUCAUGUGACAGUCCUUUAGUCUUUGCAUCACAGUGUGACCAUUUGAACAUCAUUAGCAUAGCAGUAAUGUCAAAAAUGCUACCUGGAGCCAGAUUGAUGUAAACAUACCUCUUGUUCAUAAGAGGAAUCCAGUACAUAUCGUUGUUGGUCAUAAUCAAGGUGGAUCAUGCUUUUGAACUUAACCUCUCCAAUGUCCCCAGUAUAUCUUUCCAGAAAUGCCUUAUUCUGCAAAGUGGGAGUUUUAUCAGUUGCCAGAUUAGCUACGUGUGGCAUAGCUUGUCUGUGUGAGUGCAUGAAGGAAAUUAGUACUUACCUGCACACGCGCCUCAAGAUUGCUAAAUUGUACAUCUCCAGACAAUACAAACUCGGUGGACGAUGCACUCUCCAGCAUGACAGUGUCACACUCAAUGAUUUUGCAGUGUUUUUCUGGGGAACAAUACUAAAAACGAAGGGAGAAAUCAGUUUGAGUUAACAUCAUUUGUAAAUGGACAACUGUGAGAUUUAUUUGACUUACUUCAGAAUUGAUUGCAGUCAUGUUUUUGCACUGACUUUUGUUCUUGAGAAAAAAGAUACAAUUGAAUAAAGACUAAUGUAAAUGUCAACAUGCAGACAGCUAUCGGUUUGGUGGAACUAUGAAAGUUACCUGAUGUACAAAGACUUGAUAAUUUUCAAAUUCAAAGUUGUAUUGGAGUUUAGUUGGAAAGCUCAGAGACACAUUCACAGGAAAGGCUUUCCAGCCAGGGUUAUCCACCUGCCAAGAGUGAAUGUGCAUUUUUAACAAGGAUGUGGAAAGGAAACUGGUAUCCUGGCGUGACAGCAUCUAUGUGCUAAAAAUACAUCAAAAAUUUAAGUUCAACCUCUCACCCGCACCUCUAAAGUGGUCAAGUUGCUAGUAUGAAGUCAUGAUAGUAAAUAUUAACCUCCGAUGUUAGCAGUACUUGUUGCCGUAAUCAACUCAUGUUUAAAUAGAUGUCUACCUAUAGUUAAAUGAUUGGUUUCACCUUAUAUAUAAUAAACAUCUUUUUGGGGCCUGUGUCCUCUUCUGUGAAGUUCACAUAA